AUUACCAGAGUCUCCAUUACUUACCGGAACAAACUCUAAAAUACACAGACACAAAAGCUCAAAAAAUUUUCUCCCAAAAAAUAAUAAAAAAUAUAUAUAUAAAAAACAGUAGCAAGUAUUGAUUUUUUUUUUUGGUGUUUUCAUCUGUGUUGCCUUCUCUUUUCUUAUAUAAAGAAUGAAUGGGGAGGGAAAGGAAGAAGCAGUGAAAAUGGAGGUGAACAAUGAGAGAUUGGUUUUUAUGUGGGGUUAUUUACCGGGUGCUUUGCCGCAAAGGUCGCCUAUUUCGUCUCCGCUUGCUGUCAGGUCGACGGUGUAUGCGUGGAAGGAUGUUUGUGGUGGCGGUUGCGGUUUCGCCAUGGCCAUUUCUGAGUCUGGAAAGCUCAUUACAUGGGGUUCAACAGAUGAUCUAGGUCAAAGCUAUGUCACAUCCGGGAAGCAUGGGGAAACUCCCGAGGCUUUCCCUCUCCCAACUGAGGCUUCCAUUGUAGAAGCUGCUGCUGGUUGGGCGCAUUGUGUAGCAGCUACAGACACUGGAGAAGUCUAUACAUGGGGUUGGAAAGAAUGUAUUCCCUCAGGGAAAGUCUUUGGAGAUCCAUCAGGGGCGGGAGGAUCAGCAAAGGAUGCGUUUGAAAGACAGAAUCUGUUUUUUACAGAACAAGUCAGCCCUCGCUCGCAAGGUUCGAGGUCUAGCAGUGGAAGUGGAACCUUGUCUGGGGUUGAUGGUAGAGGAAGUGGAGAUGAAAGUACAAAGAGGCGGAGAAUAGCAUCAGCAAAACAAGCAGCCGAAAGCUCAUCUGCCGGAGAUGAAACACUCUCAGCAUUGCCAUGCCUAGUAACUCUUAACCCGGGAGUGAGGGUUGCCACUGUUGCUGCUGGCGGGCGCCACACUUUAGCAUUGUCAGAUAUAGGACAGGUGUGGGGUUGGGGCUAUGGUGGCGAAGGGCAGCUUGGUUUGGGCUCCCGGAUACGUAUGGUGUCCUCUCCUCAUCCCAUACCUUGCAUUGACUCUGCUUACGGAAAAGAUAGAGCUGUAGUGCUUUCUCGAGGGGGCAUGACUUCAGAGGGACAGAGUUUUAGAGUUCCUGGAAGUCAUGUUAAGGGGAUUGCUUGUGGAGGUCGACACAGUGCGGUAAUUACAGAUGCUGGAGCACUGCUUACUUUUGGCUGGGGACUUUAUGGACAGUGUGGUCAAGGAAGCACAGAUGAUGAGUUAAGCCCAACUUGUGUAUCUUCUUUGCUGGGCAUUAGGAUAGAGGCAGUUGCCGCAGGGUUAUGGCAUACCGUUUGUGUUUCUGCUGAUGGUGAUGUCUACUCAUUUGGUGGGAAUCAGUUUGGACAGUUGGGAACUGGUGGUGACCAGGCAGAGACUCUCCCCAGACUCUUGGAAGCUCCAAGCUUGGAAAAUAUACAUGCGAAAACAGUUUCUUGUGGGGCUCGCCACAGUGCUAUAAUCACAGAGGAUGGAAAAGUAUUCUGCUGGGGAUGGAACAAGUAUGGCCAGCUUGGCUUGGGUGAUGUGAUUGACCGCAACAUUCCUUCUCAAGUUACCAUCGAUGGCUGUGUCCCUAAAACUGUAGCUUGUGGCUGGUGGCAUACCCUUCUUCUAGCCGAGUCACCUACUUGAGUAUCUGACUCUGACAAGCCUUUGCACAGUUUUGUUAGGUUAGAAGUCCUUUCAGAAAGCUGAUAUAUCAUUAAGAUCCAUCUAUGCGUACUCGUAUGCUCGUUCUUAUUCUUUCGUGGAUCAGGUUCACCGCGGCUAGUUCCAUCUCUUAAAACUACUAGAAUGACAUACUGCUUUUAAGGUGUAAAAAAUGAUCUAGCCAGGUCCCUUGUAUAUUUUAUUUAGCAGAAUUUGAACAUUAUACUGUACUCAAUGCCAUGAAAAGUCGAGUAUUGUUGUGUA